AUGCUCAAGUUCCUGUCCAGGGUGGUGGUGGAGUACCGCCCUCUGGACCCGCGCAAGGCAGCGGCCGUGGAGCUCCUCGUGCAGUGCAACGGCCGCAAGGCCAAGGACUCCAACCCCACCUGCUCCGUCGAGUUGCGGCGCCUGCCCUCCCCGGCCGCGGCCGAGGACCCCAAGGCCCAGCCGCCCUCGCGCGUCCUCGUCACCUACCUCAACGGCUCCGAGAAGGCCUUCGUCGCCGCCGACGGCGCCACUGCGCAGGGCAUGCGCGACCAGAUCCUCGCCCGCGGCCGCCUCCUCGAGACCGAGCAGCUCUUCCGCGAGGCCGGGGAGAAGUGGCCCGUCAUCAUCCCCGAGGAGGAGCUCGGCAUGUCAUUCCCCGGUAUCAAGAAAAUACACCGAUGGCAAUAUCAGUGGAUUUCUCGUGGACCAGGGAGAAAAAGGGUAGCAUGA